CUACUUCUGUCUCUAUGCGAUCGCCACGCCACACACAACCAGCCCUCAUUCUCGAUAAAAGAAGGUACGCAAAAACAUCACUCCCGGAAAUGAGUAGACAACCAUUCACUCACGCGCCAGUCACGAACAUAACACAUUUGGCCUAUCUGGCCAUCUGCCUUGCCUACAUGAUAACGCAUCCAUACUCGCUCUCCUCCCGCCACACCUUGUCCCCCAGCUGCCGCCCUAGUACUCUCAUCACGGCAUUGCGCGUGCGGUCGUGGGGGGCAGACUCCGUCGUGUACACAUUGACACGACGUUCAUCUCCCCAAUCCGCCAGCUGAAUCCCAGCCGUGUGCCCCUCACCGACCGCCUCACUGCCCAACACCACCAGCCGCAAAUGCCAUCGAUCCUUAUACUUUUUGUCGAACACGGCCAUACCCUUCCCCCACUGUGCCGCAUCGCUGGGAGGGGCCGCCAGCAAUUGAUACACUCGCCGGAAUGCAGCAGAAGCAGGACACCGAGACGACCAGUCUCUGGAGAAGGUGAGGUAGCCGCCGUCACUAAGCCAAUUAAAGACGCUGAACGCCACCAUAGAAGCGUAAGUGCGGUAGACCCAGCGCACACACAGACCGUCCAGCUGUGUGGGCGGGUCGGCAUGGUUCAGCUGUGUGGGCGGGUCGGCAGGGUUGAAUGUGUCGUGAGGGAAGAGGGGGCUGGGUGCGUCGAGGAGGGUGGGGGGGCGCCAGCGAUGAAGGCCAUAGCCCCAGCCAUAGCCCCAGCCAUGAAGCCAUUGCUGGCCUCUACGGUGGAGAGUCAGCCCCCGGCUGAGUAUCUUCCAUUGGCGGACCGCCUCGGUCUCGCCGAUGAAGCCCCGGCCCGUCUGGCUGCCGAACACCUCGAAAUGCUCAUCGCCCAGCACCACUGGCCACUUGCCGCAUAUGUGAUAGAGCAGCUCCAAAUGAGGCCGCCACCUCGAGAAAUCGCGGCCAUACUCCAGCAUCAUUAGCCGUCGUGUGAUGGCCACAACAACGGCCGCGUCCUGGCUCAGCUGAG